AUGGAAGAGGUCGACAGCGCAUUGGUUGACAACGCCAAAUCGUUUAUUGCUGGAGGAUUUGGCGGUAUUUGUGCCGUUUUGACUGGCCAUCCUUUUGAUUUGUUAAAGGUCAGACUACAGACAGGUCUUUAUAAGUCCACCUUGGAGUGCUUCAAAGAUACCCUGAAAAAGGAUGGUCCCAGAGGCUUCUACCGAGGGGUGCUGCCGCCAUUGCUGGGAGUAACCCCCAUGUUUGCGGUUUCCUUUUGGGGUUACGACGUUGGGAGAAGAAUCGUUUUAUACACCUCAAAACAGGAUGCCAGUGUGCCGCUUUCGGUGGCCCAGAUCAGCGCAGCCGGGUUCUUGAGUGCUGUUCCCACCACUGCCAUUGCUGCACCAUUCGAGCGGGUGAAGGUGAUGCUACAAAUACAACAGUCCAAGACGGGAAUGCUUAGCAUGGUAAAGCAGAUUUACAAGGAGGGCGGACUCAGGUCUGUGUUCAAAGGAUCUCUCGCGACAAUGGCCAGAGAUGGGCCAGGCAGUGCUCUAUACUUCGCUACCUAUGAGGUGCUCAAAGAAAGACUCUCUACGCCCGGAAAGGACCUCUCGUUAGGUGCAAUCACCAUUGCUGGUGGAUUUGCAGGUGUUUCCAUGUGGCUGGGUGUGUUCCCAAUAGACACCAUCAAGUCCAGACAACAGUCUUCCAGCGUCAAGACCUCAAUCGUACAGGUCACAAGACAGAUCCAUGCCGAGGCCGGAUUAAAGGGCUUUUUCCCCGGAAUCGGCCCAGCCCUAAUGAGAAGUUUCCCUGCCAAUGCUGCCACAUUCCUUGGAGUUGAACUCGCCAGAAACUUCCUAAGCAAAAUCGUGUAA